ACUGCGAGUUGCCUGUACAAAUACCAGGACCAGACGGAGACAUAUGUCUGGCCGAAAUUCCAGUUUUUACCUGGAGUAGUUUGGAAAAAAAAUGUGUACCGGAUUCCUUUGGAGGAUGUCACGAAACCAACAACAUGUUCCGUGCAGAGGAAGACUAUUGCGGGUUGCCUGUAGAAUUACCAGGACCACAUGGAGAGUUAUGUCUGGCCGAAAUUUCUGUUUUUACCUGGAGUAAUUUGGAAAAAAAAUGUGUACCGGAUUCCUUUGGAGGAUGUCACGAAACCAACAACAUGUUCCGUACAGAGGAAGACUGUGAAAAAAUUGCCAAACCUAUUU